AUGCACAUUUUCAUACAGGACGAAGUGGGUGAUGCGAACCCAACUGUCUGGGAAGUGGCACGAAGCAACAUUACCUCUACUUCGCCAACAUCCUUUGGCCAAGUCAGAGUCUUGGAUAACCUAUUAACAGUCGGGCCCGAUCGGAACUCUCAGAGAGUGGGCCGGGCUCAGGGACUUAUUGCAUUUGCUGACUUGCAAGAAUCAACCCUGACAAUGAACCUCAAUUUUGUAUUUACAUCAGGGCAGUACAAUGGAAGUACCCUGUGCAUGCUGGGGAGGAAUCCAUUGGGGAACCAAUAUAGAGAGUUGGCCAUUGUUGGAGGCACCGGAGUUUUUUGA